AUGUUCACCUUGACCGCAUCCGCGGCGCACGCCCGCGCCCACGCGGUUCCAUCUGCGUCCACAUCAUCCCCCAUCCGCGCCCCGACCCGCGUCGUUCGCGUCGCCCCCUUCGCGCGAUCCCCCUCGACGCGUUACGCGCGAUCGUCGCACGUCGCCAAGAUGGGGAUGGACACCGGGAACCCGUUCGUGGACGGCUGGCUGGACCUCACCGACACCGUGAGCGGCGGCGGGAAGGACCUCGGCGUGAGCGAGCUCGCGGAGAAACUGGGAAAGGACAUCUACAUGGACAUCAACGGCUGGCACCUGUUCCUGCGAGACGCCAAGUACCACGUCCCGCUCGCGCGCAUCGUCCAGUCCACCAUCGCGAACGACGGCAACAGGUUCGAGGAGCCGUCCAUCGAGAACAUCCUCAAGAACUGCCCGGUGAAGAUCGGAGGAGGCAAGUCGAAGGUGAUGCUGCACGACCUGAUGCCCAACAUCGUGGUGCAGGACUUCAUGAAGAUCUGCGAACGGUACGCGGACGACCUGUGAUGA